AUGUCAUGCGGGUUGUGGAGUGUCAGGAACAGAUCCUCGUCCUGGGCAUCGCGACGGUUGCAGAGCAGCAUUGACAUAGCUGAUCAUUUCUAUGUUGGUGAAGGAUGGAAAGGCGGCCAAGGAAGAACAUUUGCUCUUCAGAUUUCCCCUCACUUCGAACUUCCAACACAAACCGCAGACAACUUCAAUACGGGACAGGGCGAACUUAUUGAGCUAUCUUUUCAAGCCAGGAAACGAAAGUCGGUUCAGAAAGAUUGUCAGCUGGCCAACAACCUUGCCCCGGCCUUCUCAGCUCACCCAUCGGCUCCCAACUACCCACACUUCCCAUAUUAA